CGAUUGCACGUCGUGCCCUUGACUUCCUCCUCUGUGAGGCGAUAGUAGCAUCUGAGUCUGAACAGCAGGGACGAGGCAAUUCUUAAAAUCUGAUAGUGGGAACAUUUUUCUCGCCAUGGGAUUUAUUCCAGACGAGGCGAAGUCUCUUCGUCCCCCGGGGAUCCUGAACAGGACCUCGGUGUGGUUGGGCGGUAUUGGCUGGUGCACCGCGAUGCUACACAAUGCUAUCAACCUCAGGCCGCCGCUAAAGUCAGGUGUCCAUCGACAAGUCCUGCUGGCAACUAUCGGCUGGUUCAUCGGUUACCACGUAACAAAGCUCGAAAACUACAAAUACGCCAAACAUGACCGGGAUAUGAUCAAGUACAUGAGAUUUCACCCUGAGGCGUUUGCCCCAAAGGAAUUGAAGACCUUUGCAGAGAUUAACGAGCCUUUCCAUCCGAUCCGCUAAGCUUUUGGCAGCUGGUGAGAAGGAAGAGAGAAGAUUUGCAGGCUGCCAUUUGUCUGCUGUGGUCUUUUUGUCAUUAUUGUGUGAAAUAUACCUAUGUAAAUAAAAUAAACACAUAAAGAUUGA